CAGAGAGAGAGAGAGAGACUCGUGUCGGAGCUCUUAGAUCCGGUGGUUAGAGAGAGAGAGAGAGAGAGAGAGAGAGAGAGAGAGAGAGCAAAUCCCUCGUUUAGCCUGGUUUCUCUCUCACUAUCGCCGUGUAUAGACAGAAAUAAUGGAGGGCGAAGAGUCCUCCGCCAUUGCCUAUUGAAGAGGUUUUGAUUCUUGUAAGUGUGCAUACUUAGCAGCUUGGAGCAAUGAACAGCACAUUUAAUGGCCAGAUUUUGGUUGAGAAGCUUGCAAAGCUUAACAAUUCACAGCAGAGUAUAGAGACUUUGUCUCAUUGGUGUAUCUUUCAUAGAAGGAAUGCAAAACAAGUUGUGGAAACAUGGGAUAGACAAUUUCAUUGUUCACCAAGGGAGCAGAGGGUGUCUUUUUUGUAUCUUGCAAAUGAUAUUCUCCAGAACAGUAGGCGAAGGGGCUUAGAAUUUGUGACUGAGUUCUGGAAGGUUCUUCCAGGUGCUCUUAAUGAUGCACUUGAAAAUGGAGAUGAGUUCUCAAGAAAUGCUACAAUGCGACUGAUUGACAUAUGGGAAGAAAGGAAGGUUUUCGGCUUGCGGCCACAAACUCUUAGGGAAGAGUUUUUGGGAAAAAAUGCAGGAAGCUCUGGAAGAAAUGGAAGAUCCUCUAGUUUCAAAGCAAAACCCACUGUAGGAGAUGGUCUAGAGAAGAUAAUUUCGAGUUAUGGAGCUGUCUAUGAUGGCCCUGUUCACGAGGACACUUUGUUCAGCAAGUGCAGAACUGUUAUUAGUUAUCUUGAGAAAGUCGAGAAGGAGAUGGCCAAUGAUCGUGCAUCGGGAAAACUUAAUGAGUCCAGCUUGGCUGAGGAACUUCAAGGGCAGAAGGUUGUACUAAAGGAAUGCAUUGAACAACUAGGAGCAGCUGAGUCAUCAAGAACAGCACUUGUCUCUCAUUUGAAGGAGGCAUUGAGGGAAGAGGAAACCAAACUUGAUCAAGUUCGAGACCAACUUAAGACAGCUAAGUGUCGAUUUGAUCAAGCAAGCAGCAUCUGCCAGCAGCUAGUGAAUGGUGACAGCGGACACUUGCCAUUAGAACAGACACCCAAGCAAGUACCUGCUUUUUCUGGCACAGCUCCAGCGAUGGGGCCUGUGGCAAGCUGUGGAGACGGAGAACACACAGCCCCUGUAAUGCAAACAGGACCAUCCACAGAGGGCAUUGUUCCAGUUGAUGAUGAUAGUCGGAAAACAGCAGCAGCAGUCGCCGCUAGACUUGCGUCAUCAACAUCUUCAGCUCAGAUGCUGACAUACGUCCUUUCUUUGGCAUCAGAGGGAGUGAUUGGUAAUCCAGUGGCUGAGGGUUCCACAGACCAACCAUCUGAAAAGAAGCCCAAACUUGAGAAUGGCUUAUCCCCAUCUUAUGUUCCUCUGCCAUCACAGCCACCACCACCACCAUUUCCGCAUCCUGAUUCGUUGCACCACAAGGUGCCAAGCAUGUCCCAAGUUGCUCUUUCUUCUCCACCAUCUCGUACUGGUGGUGCCAUGCUUGCUGCACCUCCAUUACCUCCUACACCACCUCCGCUUCAGCCACCUCCACCACCAACCCAAUUUGUACAGCCGGCUGGAACCAUGACAGGGUUGUCCUACAACCAUGGAAAUUCAUCUUUGCAACCUCCUCUACCUGGAUAUCCAAUGGCACCUGUACCUGUCUCAGGCUUGGCCUCCUAUCCUCCGCCUAAUCCUUACCAGAAUUUUCAUGCAUCCGAAAGUGGCUUCUAUAACCAGCCACCACUACCUGCAGGUCCACCUAUCUCUCGACAGUAGAAGCAAAUGUUGAAGCCAUUCUACAGAUUAAUUUACAGCAUAGAGAGGUCACUUCUAGUAUUUGGUGUUGAAUACCAUGUUUCAUGAACAUGAUACUUCUUAACUUUCCUGACCUUUCACAACCGUGUCUCUUGUAUAUCAGAUUAUGAGCUUCGUGCUAUGUAUGUAGAAUUGAUUUGUUUAGGAGUUCAUACAGUUGGUGCUAUUCAAAUCCAGCUUCUUGUUA